AUGAAGGUCCUCAGCGCACUUAUUGUUCUCAUUGACUUGGCUAUUGCGGCCAGUAAUGUCAAUAUCACGGAUCAUAUCGCUAUCACAGUGCCCAGCUCAGAGCCGCCUUUUGCCAAACUAGUGGAUCCGGCCCUGGCAUCCUUUUCGCUAGAGUUUCAAUUCUGGCCCACUUAUGCGGGAAAUGCGACAGGCCAGCCAAAUCAUUAUGUGAACCAACUGUUGAGCAACCUAGGCCAGAGAACGGGAAAAACGCCGGCGGUGCGUGUCGGGGGUACGAGCGAAAAUACUGCCUAUGUUGAUACUUCGUUUCAGUUAUGGAACUCUAGCCAGCUGGAGGAAAUCUACGGGCCUUUCAUCAACCGUGCCAAUACCACCAUUGGUAGGGACUGGUAUGUCCUUGCGGGCAAUCUCCCUGCCGGGACUGAAUUCACCUUUGGUCUUAACCUAUACGACCAGUCUGAAGUUGCCAGCCAGGCAAAAAUGCUGGCAGAGGCUUUCCAGGGCUCACGUGCUCAUCUUACAAAGGACGUGACCCUCAAGUUUAUCCAAGUCGGCAAUGAGCCGAACUUCUACUUUCCUACCGCGGCGCAAUAUGUAGCACACUGGAAGCUUCUUGCUCAGGCGGCUCUACGGAACAUAAAAAUGGGCUAUGAAGGCCUACCCACUUUCUGGAUUGGGUCCGAGGUUCUCUCCGAUGGAGGGUUUGACCUGACGGGGACGCUCGAAGCAGGUAUCUUGGACAACCACGAGAUUUCCCAUGCCAAUCAUGUCCUUGAUGAGCAUCAGUACUCUGGUGAAAUGAGCCUUGGCGCAAUUCCUGGAGGCCCAGCCCCUGGGACCUUGAUGAACAAAUCGUCUAUUCGAGGUAACCUCUCUACGGUUUAUAAUGGAAUGCUGAAUACGCAGAGCUACAAAAAAACAUACUACUUGGGAGAAGCCAAUACUUAUGCUGUAGAAGCAAUUUUUGGUCUAUCUAACACGGGAGAAUCAGCAAUUUGGACCGUUGACUACAUGCUCAAGGCCGCUUCGAUAGGCGUCCAGAGAGUAUAUCUACACAGCACGCCUAACCGGCUUUUCUCCGUCUUCCAGCCCGGGUGGGGAUUCACCAAUGGCACUGGGAUUGAUCGCCCCCAUAUAAUGCCAAUGUAUAACGGUCUCCUUGUCGUGGAUGAGAUGAUUGGCAAGACAGGGAAGGCCAAAGUGGCUGAGAUCGAGAACUCGAAUGUCGCCAUAGCGUCGUAUGGUGUGUGGGAGAACGGCGAGCUGAUCAGGGUAGCACUCAUCAACUCCAAUACUUUCGGGCAGCAUGAUACAACCAGACCUGCUUUGAAUGUCACACUGAGCGGUGUGUUCAUGGGAGGAUGUACCACCAUCAAGCGUCUGAACAUUCCUUACACUACAGCCACCGAGGGCAUUUCAUGGGCCGGCCAGUCAUUUGAGACUGACAAUGGUGCACCUUCUGGUAAAGUUGUUGAGGCAACACUCGAGGACACAUCAAUCACAAUUGCGGCUUCCGAAGUUGGGUUCUCCGAUGUGGGUUGUUAUGGCUCCGAGAUCCAUACGCCCAACAUUGAUCGAUUGGCUGGUGAGGGCAUUCGAAUGCUCAACCACCAUGCCGCCGCGGCCUGUUCGCCCACGCGCGCAAUGCUACUUAGCGGAACCGAUGCGCAUCUUGGUGGGUUGGGCGUGCUCAUAGAAUACAAACAAAAUGAGAAGGGAGCAAAGCGCUGGGCAGGUAAAGCGGGAUACGAAGGGUACCUGAACGACCAUGUGGCAACAUUGCCUGAGAUCUUGGGGGACAAUGGGUACUUUACCGCCAUGUCUGGAAAGCAGUGGCACCUAGGACUACGGGCCAGUCAAGGACCUUGGGAGCGUGGCUUUCAAAAGGCAUUUGCCAUGCUUCCAGGUUGUUGCAACCAUUACGGUUGGGAACCAGUGCAGGAGCGCUUUCCGGUUGGUGGCUCGCCAAUUCACGCUGAGAAUGGGGCCAAAGUGGACAUUCAACCCAACAAGACAGAAGAUCCCAAAGGCUUCUAUUCAACGGACUACUACACCAACCAACUCAUCCAGUACUUCGAGGAACGAUCGGAGGAUGACAGAUCAAAGCCAUUCUUUGGGUUCUUGCCGUAUACCGCCCCCCAUUGGCCCCUUCAAUGCUCUAAAGAAAAGCGCGAUAAGUACAAGGGAAUGUACGACGAUGGCCCAUAUGCCUUGCGGGAACGACGCCUGCACAAACUUGCUGAGAUGGGCAUAAUCGACAGAUCCGUCGUACCACAUCAAGUCGAGACAACUACACAGGGUGUUGGAGAGUGGGACGAACUUACAACAGAAGAGAAGAAGUUGUCUAGUCGAGCGAUGGAGGCAUAUGCGGGUAUGUUGGAGACGAUAGAUGAGAACGUCGGCAAGGUGGUCGAAUACUUGAAGAAGACUGGGGAAUACGACAAUACUUUGAUCGUUUUCAUGAGUGACAAUGGGGCAGAGGGAGCUGCAAUGGAAGCCGCUCCGGUCAUGGGAAACAACAUAAUACGCGCCAUUCACCAGUACUAUGACAACUCGUACGAAAAUAUUGGCUCCUGGAACUCAUUCACCUGGCUCGGACCGCUUUGGGCCCAGGCGUCGACAGCGCCAUCGAGACUGUUUAAAUGUUUUCCCUCCCAAGGAGGCAUCCUCGUUCCGUGCAUCGUUAAACCACCUGCCGAUACUUUCCAUCCGUCUUAUUCAUUAGGUUCGUUCAGUCGUUCUUUCACAACUGUCAUGGACUUCGUCCCUACAUUUCUGGAGUUGGUUGGAUUGCCUUUACCCCUUGCCUCCGCCAAAGGCACUACGACACGGAAAAUGACCACAUUCCGGGGGAAGGAUGUUCAUGCUAUACGUGGCAAGUCAUGGGUACCAUUGUUCAGUCAAGGAAAGAAAGUCGAAGAUGAUGAGACGUGGUACAUCCACUCUUCAUCAGAGCCCAUUGGCUGGGAACUUUUUGCUCGGGGCGCACUACGAAAGGGGAACUGGAAGAUUGUUCAUAUCGAAAAAAGCCAUGGGGGAGCUGGAGUGGGAGACGAAGGGUGGGAGCUAUUUAACGUGGCUGAUGAUCCCGGAGAAACGAAAAACGUGGCUCAGGAUAUGCCACAGAAGCUGGAAGAGCUUCUAGCCUGCUGGGAUGAGUAUGUCGUUGAGUGUGGAGUUGUAUGGGGAAAGGCAGCUAUGGACCCAGGAUUGGACGUCGGUGAGGCACCCGAGCUAUGGGAGGAUGAGGUGGAAUUGCAAAAGUCCUGGAUGGGUGCUCGGCAAGGAGAAUGUCCGACCUUUUGUCGUUGA